UUCAAUUGACCUACGUCAACAGCGAAUGCCAAUAGCAGAAUGUUUUCAGUCGCAAAGGGUCUACAAUUCUUUGCGACGUAAAUAUACGAGUUGAAUGAUUUCUCACAAUCGCAAAGUUUAUUUAAUUGUUUCUUAUUAUUUAGAUGAACUAUCUCUGAGCCUUUUCCCGUUAUUUCUUCAGCUUGCUACAGGAGUCUGGGAAUGGAAAAUGGAAAGAUUCCAGCCAGUGCUAUCACAGCCUCGUCUUCUUAUAAUUCCGGACUCGGUCCUAAUUUCGCUCGGCUCAACUCGCCAUCUGCAUGGACUAUGGGUUACCAUGAAGGUCCGCACUGGCUCCAUGUUGAUCUUGGUCGAGUCAUGGCAGUAAAAAAGAUAGCUACUCAGGGAAGGCCGAUUGCUAGUCACAGACAGUGGGUGACGUCUUACAAGAUUUCAUCCAGUGUAGACGGGACUGACUGGCUUAAGUAUAUGGAGGACAAUGCUGUGAAAGUAUUUCAAGGAAACACCGAUAAAGAGACAGUUGUCUCGCAUGUGUUUCCACAGCACAUUCGGGCGCGCUUCAUUAAAAUCUGGCCACAGACCUGGAGCGAUCGUGUAGCUAUGAGGGUAGAGCUGUACGGCUGUGUUAUGUUUCCCAAGUUCAUCAUGACAGUGUUGUUUGUGAUUCUCAGUCACCCUCCGAUGCAAGUCACUCUGGCCUCUGUCAUGCAGUGCAAAGACGUAACCCGCUCCAUUCCAGAUCGUGUUUUAGCAGGUCACGUGUUUCUUACCAAACCAGCUCCAGGUAUUGCAACUUGCGUGAUGCUGUGCGACGAGCAUCGUCCCUUGUGUGAAAGCAUAAACUAUUACCAGAAUACAAAGGUUUGUGAAUUAAAUAACAAGACAGCAGAUUCUAACCCAAAGGACAUCAAGGAUCAUGAAUGGGCAAUCUACAUGACCAACGGGGUGCGACUCCUCUCUUGUAAUGACUUAGACUUCCAAUGUGGAGGACAGACAGACAUCUGUCAAAUUAAGCCGAGCGGCAACAAGUGCAAAGAUUGCGCCGAGCCUUUAGGUAUGGAAAAUGGAAAGAUUCCAGAUUCUGCCCUAACUGCAUCGUCUUUCACUCGUAAUGGCCUUGAUCCCCGAUACGCCCGCUUACACUCAGCUACUUCGUGGUCUGCAGGCAUCAAUAAUCGUAGCCAGUGGCUGCAAGUUGACCUUGGAAUGGAGACAGCAAUCAAGAAAAUAGCUACUCAGUCAAAGCAUGACUCCUUGCAUAGGGUGACAACUUAUGAAAUUUUGUCUCUUGGUGAUGGAGGAGAAUGGGAGCCAUACCUGGAGAACAACUCCGUGAAAGUGAGUCCUAAAUUUAUGAAGGACUCGUGGCACAUAUUAAUCUAGUAAAUGACCUAAAUCCCGGUCAUGAUAAGUUUAGCCACUUCAUCUACUGGUCUACCGAAGAUUUUGUCGCUUCCAUCUAUCUGAAUCUAA